CUCUCGUUCUCCCCUUCCAAGUUCCAACCACCGACCUUCCUCCCCUUUUCCUCCGUCCGUUUACCUUCUCCAGUUCUCCUCCUCCCAUUUCCUUCUCCAGACAGACGGACGGACAGACAGAGAGACAAACAGACGGACAGGAUGGUCGUUUCACGUCGACCGAGGCAGCAGAAUUUCCCCAAGUUUCUUGUUGAGAGGGAAUCCGAUUCAGAGGAGAGCAGCUCCGGCGAAGAAGAAGAAGAAGAAUUAGAAAGGGACGAAGACAACGAUGACGACGAUGGCGUUGGAGUGACAACCCCGCCUUUUUCGCGACCCAGGAGUUCAUCGAGAUCGAGCGGAAGUGGCUUGACCGCUUUCGAAGAAUCGAGGUGGGCUUCGAGAAGGUCGAAGACGGCAUUGCCGCCUAUCACCAUCUCCCUCAAGAAAGUGUGCAAGGUAUGCAAAGGGACAGGGCAUGAAGCUGGGUUCAGAGGAGCCACCUACAUCGAUUGCCCUAAAAAGCCGUGCUUCUUGUGUAAGCAGCCUGGGCACACGACGAUCACUUGUCCCCACAGAGUAGCUCCGGAACAUGCACUUGUUCCCACCCCAAGAAGGAACUCCAAGAGGCCGUUGGAUUACGUGUUCGAACGCCAGCUCAGAUGCAACGUCCGUACGAUCAAGCCAAGAUUUGUUAUUCCUAAUCAAGUGGAUUGUGCAAUCAUCAGAUUGCAUAGUAGGCGUGUGACAUGCCUAGAGUUCCAUCCCACCAACAACAAAAUUCUCUUAUCAGCAGAUAAGAAAGGACAGCUUGGGAUCUGGGAUUAUAAUAGAGUGAGUGAGAAGACAAUUUAUGACUCAAUACAUUCCUGUAUCCUGAACAGCAUGAAGUUCAACCCUGUGAAUGAUGGAACUUUAUACACUACAUCUGCAGAUGGGACCAUUAGCUGUACUGAUUUGGAAAUUGGAAUUCCUAAUCUCUUGAUGGACCUGAAUUCUAGUGGGUGGAAUGGUCCGGCAAAUUGGCGGAUGCUACAUGGAUUGGAUAUUAACUCAGACAAGCAACUUGUGCUUGUAACAGAUAACAUUGGAUAUAUCUAUAUGUUGGAUCUGCGUUCGAACAAGACAACUGGGGAGCCAAUUUUGAUUCAUAAAAAAGGAACGAAGGUGGUAGGGCUUCACUGCAACCCCCUGCAACCAGACCUGCUCCUUAGCUGUGGCAACGAUCACUUCGCCCGCAUUUGGGAUGUACGGCGGUUGGAGGCAGGUUCCUGUAUUGAAAGUCUUGUACAUGGCCGUGUUGUUAACUCUGCCUAUUUUUCUCCACUGACUGGUAAUAAAAUUCUAACUACCUCUCAAGACAAUCGAAUUCGUGUAUGGGAUUCUAUUUUCGGUAAUUUGGAGCGCCCAAGCAGAGAGAUUGUCCAUAGUCACGAUUUCAACCGGCAUCUGACUUGUUUCAGAGCUGAAUGGGAUCCAAAGGAUCCAUCAGAAUCCCUUGCAGUUAUUGGGAGAUACAUAAGCGAGAACUAUAAUGGUGUCGCAUUGCAUCCUAUCGAUUUCAUUGACAUUAGUACUGGACAAUUAGUCGCUGAGGUUAUGGAACCCAGUAUCACGACAAUCAGUUCGGUGAACAAGCUUCAUCCUAGAGAGGACAUCAUGGCGUCGGGAAGCUCAAGGUCUCUCUACGUCUGGAGGCCCAAGGGAUUGCAGGAGUCUGACCAAGCUGAAGCUGAAGGACGUGGAGAUUUGUCGACUAGGAUCUCGUAUUGUGGGAAGGAUGGGAAGGGAAAGAAGGGCAAGCGGAGUGGUGAUGAUGAUGAUGAUGAUGGUGAUAACGAUGAUGAAUUUCCUAGCAAAGCCUCUGGAAGAACUAGAUCAAGUUAUAUUCUAAAAGCUCGUGGAGUCCACGCCUAACUCAUGUCGAAGGAACUCUGAAAGGGAAGGACGGUAUGAUGCGACGUAGGGGAAAAGCUUUGAGAAUCAUGCAUCUUUGUCUGCCUGGAAGGUCAUAAGCAUGUUCAGGUUCGGAGGUGCAGACUCCCACUUGUUUUACAGGUUCCUAGAGGUGUACUUUUUUUAGUAAAUGUCUAUAUAUAUAUAGUAAAUGUCUAUA